AUUGAACGUUGUUUGUUUGAAGAAAAGAUAUAUGCUUUGAUGAGAAACUCCUACAAUAUAGUUCUUUGCGAAUUUGCUUAACGAGAAGGAUAGAGCAGUGGUGCGUACCGACAGUUUACAACACUCAAAUAAAGUUAAUUUUUUUAUUUGAAGUUUUAUAAAUGUCGUUUGGCCCGGGAUUUAGUUCUGGCCUUUCAGCGAAGACGAAAGAAAAAGCCAAAGCUGAACUGAACGAGGAUCCUUUGACACGAAAUGCGAAAGUACAACUACUUCGUGACAAGAUGGUAUUUCGGCCAGAUCUUCCGUUUCGAAAAACGGAUGAAAAAUACCUUUUACGUUUUCUACGUGCACGGAAAUUUGACGAAGAGCGAGCAUUUCAACUGCUGUGCUCUCAUAUUGAAUUUAAAAGAAAAAACCGCGAUUUAUUCGAGGAUUUAACUUUGACAAAACUUCGCCCCGUCUUACAAGAAGGUUUCCCGGGUGUUCUGGAGAAUAGGGACUCGAAUGGAUCCAGAGUUUUAGUGCUAUUUCCAGGGCGCUGGGAAAGAGAGUUAUUUGAUUUCAAAGAUAUUGUGAAAGCGUUGAUAUUUACAAUGGAAGAACUCAUAACAGAGGAGGAGACACAAGUGAAUGGCAUUGUUGCCAUUGUUGAUUUUACUGGGUGGUCGUUGUCAAAACAUGGUCGGUAUAUCACAGUAAGAGAGUUGAGAAGCGUUGUAAAGAUCUUUCAGGAGUGUUUCCCAGCCCGUGUCAAGGCUAUUCACCUCAUUAAUCAACCAUGGUACAUAAAUCUCGCUAUAAAAUCCAUCCUCCCUUUCCUGAAAGCGAAGAUUGGUGAUCGGCUUCAUCUUCAUGGUAACAAUCUGACGUCACUGCACAUGUUCAUACAUCCUGACUUGCUACCAUCAGAAUUUGGUGGAAAUGAGCCGGGGUACGACAAGUUGUCAUGGUUACGAACUGUGAUGUCGAAGAACAGUUUUCAACAUACAUGUGCGACCAUGAUAGCAGUUGCUGAACAACUCAACGAACAUUUGAAACAUGAUACAGAAAGAGAGAAUUAGGCCGUGUUUAUACCCGAUUGCUGACGUGGGACACAGGGGCGUGGUCAGAACUUCUUUUCCAAGGGGUUGGGCAGCAAAGGUAGGGUUGGGCUGUCUAAAUAAGUAUGAAAUGAAUUUCUUUAGGAAGGGCCAGAGUUUUACCAAGGUUCUCCCCCCAACUACACCCUUGGGAACAAGUAGAACUUAGGUAAGACAAGUGAGACUAGAAUAAAUACGUUACAAUAAGCAUUAGCUUGAAAACCUUUUUUUGCGGAAAACAUCAAGAUAUCGUAACAAGCAAGUAUCUUCAAACUCAAGAUAGUAUCAAGCUAGUAUAGCAAGCUAGUAUCUUCAAACUCAACAUAGUAUCAAGCUAGUAUAGCAAGCUAGUAUCUUCAAACUCAAGAUAGUACCAAGCUAGUAUAGCAAGCUAGUAUCUUCAAACUCAAGAUAGUAUC